AUUGAUGGACAAGUCCAGGAAUUCAAUUCAUUAUGCACUUACAUGCAACAAUUCAGUGGGGAUCAAUUUCUUGAGGCAACUUCCGACUUUCAUUUGCUUCUCUUCAUUGCUACUAUGGAUAUGUAUCCAAUGAAGGAUCAUAUGACGCCAUUGCUCGAAGCAAUUCGCACUAAAGAUAAACAAAAAGCGCUGGAAUGGUCACAGUCAGAGCAUUGGGCGACGGUAGAUCAGCUCAUAUCUGUCUCUACGUCGUCGCAAUCUUCGCAAACAGCAUCCUUUCCCAGUGGCUCGAGAACGUCGUCGUCUGUGGCUGCGGAGGCCAGUGGCGGAAUAGGCGUCGGUACUGAACCGAUUGCAAAUCCAACACCCGGUCGAGCUCUCUGGACUUGUCCCCAUUGCACUUUUCUCAAUGCCGCGGAUUUAGCGUUUUGCGAGAUGUGCAAUUUGCCGAGAGAUGAUAUGGAAGAAUAUGAUGAAGAGAUGAUGAAUGACAUGUUUUGAUAACAGAGUCGUCAGAAUUUAAUAAAAGUUUUAUCAAUGCUUUCUUCAACAUGAUUUUAAAAAUUUGCAUCAACAAUUCAACACUAGAUAAUUUGUAUUUGACAUAUAUUGUUGAUCAUAUACAUAUAGAUGUUUCUUUCAUAAGAUAUCUAAUCUAUUAUUUCUUAGUUUUGGGAUAUGUUAGUGUACUGGCAAGUUUGCUGAGGCAAAAUUUAUAAAAUAAUUAUUCAAGGAAUUAUAGUAAUUAUAAUUUAAACA